UAGGCAGGACGGAAGGAGCGGGGGAGGCCCCUUACGCAAACUACAAUUCCCGGCGCGGAGCGCGGUGAAAGGGGGGGUGGGAUCUGAACAUGGCGGCGGUGGUAGCUGCUACGGCGCUGAAGGGCCGGGGGGCGAGAAAUGCCCGCGUCCUCCGGGGGAUUCUCGCAGGAGCCACAGCUAACAAGGCCUCACAGAACAGGACCCGUGCACUGCAAAGCCACAGCUCCCCAGAGUGCAAGGAGGAGCCGGAGCCCCUAUCCCCUGAGCUGGAAUACAUUCCCAGAAAGAGGGGCAAGAACCCCAUGAAAGCUGUGGGACUCGCCUGGGCCAUCGGCUUCCCCUGUGGUAUCCUCCUCUUCAUCCUCACCAAGCGGGAAGUGGACAAGGACCGUUUGAAGCAGAUGAAGGCUCGGCAGAACAUGCGGGCAUCCAACACGGGCGAGUAUGAGAGCCAGAGGUUCAGGGCCUCCUCCCAACAUGCCCCGUCUCCUGAAGCGGGGUCAGGGGUGCAAGCCUGAGGAACACUGCCACCCUCCCCUAGACCCUAUUGACUGUGGCCUCCAAGACUGUGAAGUCCUGUGGGUUUGGCCAAGAUUCUGGUCCUUGCCUAUGAGGUCCACCAGAGGGCGCUGCCAGCCCCCUGCCCUGCCCCUCCUCAGAAGCCAGCCAAAGGCAAAUAAAGUCCUGAAAUGUUUUGAGCGCAAAGGAA